CCUCACGCCGCUCAGCGUGGCCGGUUCCGGAGCUGGGCGUCUGCCCACACCGGUCGGCGGUUACCGGGCUGAGUGCCGGCGGCGGCGGGGCCACGCAGAGCCGGAGGUCAGGCGGACGCGCAGACCGCCCAGCUUCCUCUUUGAGCCAAGAUGGCGGGGGACGAGGCGGGAGUGACUCUGGGGCAGCCGCACCUCAGCCGGCAGGACCUCGCCACGUUGGAUGUUACCAAGUUGACACCUCUUUCACCAGAAGUCAUCAGCAGGCAAGCAACAAUUAAUAUAGGUACAAUUGGUCAUGUAGCCCAUGGGAAGUCAACAGUAGUCAAAGCUAUAUCUGGAGUUCAUACUGUCAGAUUUAAAAAUGAACUGGAAAGAAAUAUCACAAUCAAGCUGGGAUAUGCUAAUGCAAAGAUUUACAAGCUGGAUGACCCAAGCUGUUCCCGGCCAGAGUGUUACCGAUCCUGUGGAAGCAGUACCCCAGAUGAGUUCCCUACAGAUAUUCCUGGCACCAAAGGGAACUUUAAACUAGUCAGGCAUGUUUCUUUUGUGGAUUGUCCUGGCCAUGAUAUUUUGAUGGCUACCAUGUUGAACGGUGCAGCAGUGAUGGAUGCAGCUUUACUGUUGAUAGCUGGUAAUGAGUCAUGCCCUCAACCCCAGACCUCAGAACAUCUAGCUGCUAUAGAAAUCAUGAAAUUGAAACACAUUUUGAUUCUACAGAAUAAGAUUGAUUUGGUGAAGGAGAGCCAGGCUAAAGAACAGUAUGAACAGAUUCUUGCAUUUGUACAAGGUACAGUUGCAGAAGGAGCUCCAAUAAUUCCAAUCUCAGCGCAGCUGAAAUACAACAUUGAGGUAGUUUGCGAGUAUAUAGUGAAAAAAAUCCCAGUCCCACUGCGAGACUUCACAUCUGAGCCAAGGCUUAUUGUAAUUAGGUCUUUUGAUGUCAACAAGCCUGGCUGUGAAGUUGAUGACCUUAAGGGAGGUGUAGCUGGUGGCAGUAUUCUAAAGGGUGUUCUAAAGGUGGGCCAGGAAAUUGAGGUCCGGCCUGGUAUUGUGUCUAAGGACAGUGAAGGAAAACUCAUGUGCAAGCCAAUCUUUUCCAAAAUUGUGUCACUCUUUGCUGAACACAAUGAUCUACAAUAUGCUGCUCCAGGAGGUCUUAUAGGUGUUGGAACUAAGAUUGAUCCAACACUGUGUCGGGCUGACCGAAUGGUAGGUCAGGUCCUUGGUGCCGUUGGAGCGCUGCCAGAAAUAUUUACAGAGCUGGAGAUUUCCUAUUUCUUGCUGAGACGACUAUUAGGUGUGCGCACUGAAGGAGACAAGAAAGCUGCUAAGGUGCAAAAAUUAUCGAGGAAUGAAGUUUUAAUGGUAAACAUAGGAUCCUUGUCUACUGGAGGGAGAGUUAGUGCAGUAAAGGCUGAUUUGGGGAAGAUUAUGCUAACUAACCCAGUAUGCACAGAAGUGGGAGAAAAAAUCGCCCUGAGUCGAAGAGUUGAGAAACACUGGCGUUUAAUUGGUUGGGGUCAGAUCAGAAGAGGAGUGACAAUCAAGCCAACUGUUGAUGAUGACUGAAGAACAAAAGAGUGUGCUUCAUUUUUAAAGAUGAAGUGCCUAUUUCUAUUUUGGAGGGGUAUAUUUUCACAGUGGAAUCGGAAGCUGUGCAAAUGUCAUCUUUGAGUUGUAUGGCUGUCCUUAUAAGUUUUAUUGAAUUUUACCCUCUUACUAAAAUACUAGUUACUAUCACCAUUAAAAAGUGUAAAAGAAUUGGCAUGUAAGUGGGUUUAACUAUCCACAUCUUGGUAGAAAAGAAUUGUACAUGUCUCAUGGAAUGUCUAAUUUAUGUUACUUUGUGUUUCAGACAUACCUGAUUAAUAUCAGUCAAGCCAACCCCAGUGUAACACACAAACCAUAAAUCUGGUAUUGAAAUAAAAUAUUGCUUAUUUUCAUUAAUACA